AUGUCUUCUAAUGACGAAGAAAGUAAACAACCGAAACUUGUUUCUGAUAACCGAGCACAGCUAGUCAGAAUAUUGCAGCUAGAAAACAAUAAAAUAGUACUAAAUAAGUCAAUGGUACCAAAAGGAACCGCCUGGAUGAUAACUAGAGAGGAAUUCAUAAAAUAUACUGGGAAAAACGUAGCUAUAGAUCAGUUGAAAAAACUUAACAAUAUGAAAAGCACUGUUAAGAAAAAAACUGACUUGUCAUCAACAGGAAAUAAACCAAUCAAGCUACUUCAAUGGGAAAAAGAUUUUCGAAAAAUUUUAAAUGCUGAAGAAAAUCCUGUAUACAGUAAAAUACCAGGAGCAAUAACAGUUGGGCUAGAUUCCAGUAAUAAAUGUGUUUUACUUCCCACACAGUUAAAUGUAAGCGAAACAACAACAGAAACAAGAAAGGGUAAUCAGCAGAGACAUAUUUUACGCAAAGAACAUGCUGCAAAAAAGAAAGGUUGUUAG